AUGGCCGCCCCCUUCCCAACCCCCACCUCCACAUGGCACAACACGACCUACCCCUCCCUCUCGCCGACCCGGCCCGAGCUGUCCGCCAAGGACAAGACAAUACUCGUGACCGGAGGGGGCACGGGGAUCGGCGCCGAGACGGCACGCACCUUCGCGGCGGCGGGCGCGGCCCGGAUCGCCCUCGUCGGCCGCCGCCAGCAGCCGCUGCUCGAGACAAAGGCGGCCAUCCAGCGCGAGUUUCCCGGCGUGGAUGUGUUCGUGGCCUCCGCCGAUGUUACCCGCAAGAGCGAGGUGGAUGCGGCGUUUGAAGGGUUUCUUGGUGCCCGGGGGAGGCUGGAUGUGGUGGUCAGUGGUGCGGCGGUGACGGGGCCGCUUGACCCUGUGGCGGACGUCGAUGGUGACCGGUUCAUUGACACUGUCAAUGCGAACCUGAAGGGGGCCUUGUUUGUUGCGCAGGCGUUCAUGCGCCAUGCGGCGAAGAAUGCGGUGGCGGUCAAUAUCUCGUCGUCGGCUGCCCAUAUCGACUUUGGUCCUGGCUUUGCCGCCUACAGCGUCGCCAAGAUGGCCGCCGUCCGGCUCUGGAACUCGUUGGGUUCUGCGAACCCCGGGUUGAGCGUAUUCCAUCUCCAACCUGGGGUGGUGGAUACGGAUAUGAAUAAGGAAGUUGGCGGUGUCAAGGUUAUCGGCCACGAGGACCAUGUCUCCCUCCCGGCCACCUUCAUUGUUUGGCUUACUAGCCCCGAGGCACGAUUCUUGACGGGCAAGUUUUUGUGGUCGAACUGGGACGUGGAUGAGCUCAAGGCUCGCCGCAACGAGUUGGAGUCGAGUAGACAGCUCAACGUUGAUAUUGUGGGAUGGCCGUUUGGGGAUACCAGCUUCAAGGCGGGAUGGAGUAGUGAUUAG